AUGACGACGAGCUUGACAUUUGAAGCGAUAAUCGGGCUGGUGACUCUUAUUAUUGGCCUUCCCACAGCUCUCCUAUCACUGUUUGAGUGGAAGCGUAAACUUCGCCACCGAUAUACAAACCGGCAGCUUCAGUAUUUUCCCCAGCAUACGAGUAUACCGUCGAAUGAAUUCCAGCGCGCAAGUUUAACUGAGUCCGGUGUCUCGAUGACCCUAGGCGUGUACACACUAGUCGAGAUUCGUGGAGGACACGGUCGAGGAGUGGAUGCCGAUGGAGGUAUACCUCGAGCAAGAGGUAGUCGGGCGAUUGAGCCUUGA